GAGGGCAGCAGACCUACCAAGAAAAAUAAUAAUUGAAGACGGCAGCCGAAUGCUUUGUUCCGUACACGAGUAGAUGACGGACAUGGAGCAGUCCGCUGUGCAAGCCGAGGCAAAGUCACUCCCAGAAGCUGCAAGUACAGGUGCCAAUGUCCCUUGCUUGGGACUAGUAGAUGCUAUCAUUAUCAAAGAAGAAUCUGAAGGCGGCGUCUGGGAUAAUAAUGGAACUCUUCAACAGCAAACUCCGAUACAACAGGUCCAAAUCCAGACCCAAGCCCAGGUCCAGCCGCAGGUCUUCUACCAAGCAGUGACCACCGGGUAUCAGCAGCAGCAACCGGUCAAGCAAGCAACUGCCCAGGUAAUGGCCGAUGUCCAGUGGGUCAACACGGCCAGGAACAACAUAGGAGGGACCACGACCGUUACGAUCGAUCCUCUGGUAUACGAGACUGCUUAUCUACAGGCACAGGCUAACAAUACGGUGAAGGCGGUAGAUGAGAAUUCUCUGGACGACGAUCAUGAAGCCGUCAUCAUUCCUAAAUCUAAAAACAAUCUUCAGAACGUUAUCGUCAUGUCAACGAACAACUACGAGGACGGGAGGAGAAAGUUUGACAAGAAAUAUUUCUGCCUGUACUGUGAGAAAUCCGUCUCCAAGAUCCCGCGCCAUCUGGUCAAACUCCACUACACAGAGGCGGCAGUCAUUGACUUUGUGCAUGAGAAAGAUCCCAUUCUCAAGGAUGCCAAGCUGGCAAAGUUAAGAAAUCUCGGUAAUCAUAGACACAACAUGCACGUCCUACAGAAAGGCAAGGGAAGUCUGAUCGUGAAGAAACGACCGACGUUGGGAGCAGACCCUCGCGAAUACAUUCCAUGCUCCUACUGCUAUGCAUACUAUGUCAAGCGGGAUCUCUGGAAGCACGAGUGCCCUCUUAAUGGACUUCGCGAAAAGACCAAACAAAAAGGAUCAGUUUCGUCUGAUGAGGGCGUGCUUUCCGUCGCGCACCGGGAGUGCACGUUGGAGGAGUUACGCGGGGACGUGCUCGGAAUCAACAAAAUGGAUGACGUGUCGCACUGUAUCAGUUACGAUCCGCUCAUAUUGGAGAUUGCGCAGAAAGAGUGUCUGAAGUUGAAUCAUGAUCGCGAGGAGGCGGUCUCUAUAAAGCUAAGACUCCGUGAGUUGGGUAGACUGUUGUUAGAGCUCAGGUUUGUGAGUGGAGAUCCUCUAGCGACGUUACACACCUUCAUUGACCCUGCCAAGUUUCAAAAUGUUGUGAUUGCUGCGAGGCGCUUAGCAGGGUUUAACCAUCGGAGAUACAACAACUCCUCGCCGAGUCUUAACACCAAUGUUGGGUACUCGCUCAAGAAAUGCACAUACAUCUUACAGGCCAAGGCGUCGACCCUUGGGGACACACUCGCUUACAAGCGGGCUUCAGAAUUCCAUGACAUGCUCGAAUUCCAGUUCCAUGAAGAAACCACCUUGCCGCACUUUGGAAGCAUUUUAGACGAAGGUCGAGGGAACCCUAAGUGGUUAUCGCUAGCGCAGGAUGUAGCUUGCCUGACAUCGUACCUCAAGAGGAUAGCUCAUGAACAAAUGCGAAUGCUUCACACCAAUGAAGAUAUCUAUGAUGCAUGGCUCAAUCUCAGCGAGAUUGCCCUCACACAAGUCAUACUCUUUAACCGACGGCGGCUUGGAAGCAUCGCCAAAAUGAAGCUCAGUGACUAUGCGCGCAAGCACCAACCGCUUCACCCGGACGUUCACGUCGUCUACGACGCCAUGAGUCUCUUCGAGAAGGAACUUUGCAAGAAGCUCACGCGCAUCGAGGUCAUCGGAAAGAAAGGCAAGGUCGUACCUGUACUCCUGACCGACGAGAUCAAGCUCUGGAUCGAUAUCCUGGUCGCGAAGCGCCACGAUGUAGGCAUCCCGGAUACCAAUGAGUACCUCUUCCCGAUGAUUCAGCCCGAUUCUCGGGUGUCCAACACGGUAAGAGGUCUGGAGUGUCUGCAGCGGUUUGCCUUUGAGUGCGGGGCCAGCAGUCCGGAGAACCUUCAGUGCAAGCAGCUGAAGAACCACAUUGCUACACUAAGUCAGAUCUUGAAUCUGAAGGACAAUGAGUUGUGCAUUGUGGCUCGACUGACGGGACAUGACGUCAGGAUACACGGUCCUGAUGCUAUGCUGCAGGUGAUCAAACUUUGCAAGGUGCUGAUAUCAAUAGAGAAUGGAGACCGGACUAGACUCGUUGCCCAGUCACUAGAUGACAUCCCCCUAUUCAGAGAUGAGGAGAUCACAGUUGAGUAUAACUUCAUGGAGGAUGGGAUCCUGGAGACACAGGUUGGAAUCUCACCAGUCCAGAGCAGCAGCAGCAGCAGUAGGAGACGAUCGUCGUCGUCACAGAAGAAAUCUCAUAAGAAGAAGCAUAAAUCAUCCUCAGCUUCAUCUAACUCCACCAAACAGAGUAAAGGUUCAAAGAAGAGUCGGGCGAAGUCCUCCUCGUCAUCUGACAGCCCUCGCAAGAAGCCUCAGAAGCGCCCCUGGACACCCGACGAGAAGGCGGCAGUCUUUGAGAUGUUCCAACAUGAGAUCCUGCAGAACAAACUCCCUGGCAAGGGUCCCAUUCAACAGCUUCUGGCGCGGCAGCCUGUCCUGGGACAUCGGACGUGGAGCAACGUCAAGGACUUCAUUAGGAAUUACCUUGUCACCAAAUCCAGGCAAGGUCUUUUGUAGAAAGCACUUUUCCGUUGAGAGUAGGUUUCAUCUGCAGCUUUUGUCCAGACGCCUCGUCUUGUGCCAUCGGGAACAGCAAUGCGAAAGACUUAUUAGGAAUUACCUUGUCAUCAAAUCCAUGCAAGGUCUUUUGUAAUAGCACCAUUUUUUCUCUCAUUUUUAGGUUCAUAUCUGUGUAGCUCAUGGCCAGAUUACAAGUCUUGUGCUAUCGGAAACAGAGAGGCAUCCGAGACACGAAUAGGAACUACCUUGGCGUAAAAUCUAGGCAAAGUCUUUUGUAAAAAGCACUUUUACGUUGAGAGUAGGUUCCAUUCUGCAGCUUUUGUCCAGAGGACUGGUCUUGUGCCAUCGGAAAUAGCAACAUCAAAGACUUCGUCAGGAGUUACCUGGUUACAAAAUCCGGCAAGAUCGUUUGUAAUAUUGUUUCAUUGAGAGUAGAUUGUACUACGCAACUCCUGGCCUGACAACUAGUCUUGUGCCACCAGAAACAGCAGCAUCCAAGACACUGUUGGGAACUACCUUGUCACCGAACCCAGGCAAGGUGUUUCAUAUACCGGAACCGUUAGGCUGCACCCGUUACAGUCAUAUAGCCUUUCACCUACUGUCAUAGGUGAAGCAGCAUUCACACUUCUUUCAGAAGAAACCUACUACCAUGUCUUCAAGUUCAUGCAAGUUCUUUGUUGUAAAACCCAUUGUCAUCUCUGUUGUCCUGACCUCGGUGCAGUUUCCCAGAAACCCUUGUACCAGGAAGUGAGUUCCUAUUGUGCCCAAUCAUGGGCUAAGCAGUGUAUUGACUCCAUUCAGUCCCACCCAUUGAAAGCCAGCAACACCAUGAUUUCAAUCUACAAAUCAAUCGCACACUCCUCGUAAUGUAAAAUCAAUCUAGUUAAUCGAGGAAGCAUACGUCUUCAGUCUGUAUCACCUUUUGAUUACUAUGCUCUCAUAUACUUGGCAUUGCUGGCCAUCCAUAGUUGAGCCGCCUUCAUCCAAUCAUAAAAUGGUGUCCUGGUGACUAUUGCGUGAGAGGUGUUAUUAUCCUACAGUUACCAUAGUUACACAUCUGACACAUCUGCUCUCCACCAAUCAAAACCAAGGAAAGCUGACAGAUUUUACAUCAUUGUGUGAUGUCGAAGAAUGCUCCCAGAAAUCCUAAACAAAGGUUAGAAAAUGCGAUGAACAGAUUUGUAUCCUCUGUGAACUUGUGGGCUUAUCAGUUGUAUUCAUACAUGCUGCUAUCUAAAAAACCAGGCAAGGUUACGUAAUGGUUUGCCCUCAAACUCAAAUUCAUGAUGGCCAAUUAAGUUCAUUGCUUCAUACACAUUUUGUGAUAACAUUUGAUCAGUAUCCAAUGAGAAUUCCUCUUUCAAAUUUGCAAUCAGUCCCAAGCCUUUUGUGUUACAGAGCCAAAAGCAAAAUCAUGUACGACGAGUAAUGUAUUAUAUUGUGUAUAUGUAUCCCGUAUAGGAAAGUAUUGUGAACUCCCUACCUCUUGAGAAAUUAGUCUAAAUUUAUUCAUUUGUUCUUUUUGUGUUGGAUGUUAUUUUUUUUU